AUGACUUACAAGAUCGCCUUCAGUGUGCUUGGCUCGAGUCUUGGCCUUGCUUUACUAUCGCUCAUAAGCGUAAGACGACAGUAUUCUGUAACGAAAACUGACGCCACUCCUCCCCUUUCCACUUCUUUUAUCGAAACACCCGAGGCGCAAACGCUGCGGUCAUGUAAGGCCUCAGGGCGCUUCUCCAACGCUGUGGCACAUGCCGCUAACUUUUUAAACGAGUAUUCAGCAGCGUAUGGCGGUAAUGCAUGGACAGUGGAUUACGAUGACUUUUCUAAUUUUCAGUCCAAAAUACGAAAAAACAAGGCUUGCUUUCAACUUCUGCAUUUGAGGGAAAAAUACACCCCACUAGAAAAGGACCAAACUCCUGUUCCUUUCUUGCGAUUAUUAGUCUUUCUUCCUUUUACUACCACGUCUGAGGUUUAUACUCAUAUGACGGAUCUAAAGUUGAGGAGGGAGUGGGAUAGUAACUAUCUAAUGUUCGAGCGAUUUACUACCGAUCAGGGGUCUCCAAAGGAUAACCUAACAUCGGUCGGCACGGAAUGCUCGGCUGCGUCUUCAACUGUUUCAGGCGUGGCAACACGCGUGGACAAGGGGCUGCCGAGCGUUAUUGGGGAUAAAAUGGCGCGUCCGAUUCGUUUAGUUGCCGAGAAAAUGCAGCGUAGUCAAGAUAGUGUGCGAAGACGCCUGCCGGAUAUUGAGAGCCGGGUUGUGGAUCGAGGCUGGUUUUGCCAUAGCGUCGGUAGCUCUUUUCUCACGAAACUAGGACUCUUGCCCCGUCUUUUUUUGUACGAACGUGUUAGCUAUGAACACAGCCUUACCGGCGAGGGCAACGUUCACAAUGAUGCUUCACGUUGGGGGCGUGAGGGGUCUGCUAAACAACCCUCGCUACUCAUCUAUGACGUCCUUUACAGUGGUACUCGUAGGGAAAUGGAGCUCGCGAUGAGGUCUUCUUCUGCCUUAGAGGAGUGGAUUCGAGUCAUCAAAAAGAAGGUUCUUAACUACGUGGAUGUGGAAAUGAACUAUUUACAUCUCCUGUUGUUACCCAUCAUGGAUUUUGAGCAGCAGGUCCAGAGAGAUCGACAGUUCUUAGUAAAAUAUCUUUCUGAAUCUGGCAGUAUAAAUGACCAAAACGCUACCAAAUUGGUGUAUGAAAUAUUUAAGGAGUCUGCUCGCAUUUCAGCAGAUGCACAGCAGGCAGGUUCGCUCCUUGAAAAGGAGAAGCCAAGACGGCAAUCAGGCGUACUGCUUCUUAUGACAGCUGCUAACGACGCCGGGGUAGCACAAUCUUUACCUCAGUUCGUCCAAACAACCUUGGCAACGGCGGUUUCUAAGCAGGCCUAUCAUAAUCUGAUAAAAUCUUGUCAUGCGAGUUCAUUGUAA